AUGGCUCAGUAUAGUGCUAAGAUUUCUGAUAUCCCAAAUCCUCCAUCAGAUACGGUUUCUGAGAUAGCAUUUAGCCAGAUGCAUAGCCUGAUGGCAGUAUCGAGCUGGGAUGGCACUAUCCGAACAUACGAUUUGGAAAACCCAUACAGCUCAAAUACCAGUGUGGUGAAUCUAAACAAGCCUCUUCUUACGUGCUGCUUCAGCAAAGAGACACCCUCAUUAACUUUUGCAGGCGCAGCAGAUGGAAGCCUCCAAAUGGUAGAUCUACAGACCAGUCGGGUAUCAUCUUUCCAAGCACACAAUGCAGGAGUAAAAUCUGUAAGAUGCUUUUCAAACAUGCUGGCAACUGGGUCAUGGGAUAAAACUGUUAAGUUUUGGGAUAUCCGGUCCUCAAAGCUUGUAUUCUCUUUAGACCUUCCUGGAAAAGUUUAUGCCAUGGACCUUGAGAAAGAACUACUUGCAAUAUCUCUUUCUGGAAAUGAGGUGGUAACAUACAAUCUCAACGACAUAAACCAGAAGAAAACGCAUGCUUCAAAGCUGAACUGGAUGAUUAGAUCAAUAGCCUGUGCUCAAGACAACGAGACUUUUGCCCUUGGGGGAAUAGAAGGAAAGGCAGAGAUAUUUAACAUCAACUCUCCAGUAAAGAAAAUGAUAUUUAGAUGCCACAGAGUUGAUAACAAGGUUUAUGCUGUCAAUUCUGUAUCUUUCCUUCCAACCAAUCACAAUAUAUUGGUUACUGCGGGCGGAGACGGAACCAUAGUGUUUUUCGAUGCACAAGCAAGAAUGAAAAUAUUUACCCAGACAGAAAGUCAGCCUAUAACAUGUGGUAGAUUCAACACUAAUGGAAGUUACUAUGUCUAUGCAACCGGGAAUGACUGGUCCACGGGAUAUGUGACAACUUACAGGCCCACACAGCUUAAAGCCAUCCAGGUCAGCACUACAGGUGUAAAAAUAUGA